UCCAGCUGGCUUUCCUGGACGCGAAUGCCAGACUCGGCAGCAUCGUGUCUGACGCAGUGAGAAGUGAAGGAUUCAGGCAGGACGAGGACGAAUCGGGCGGACUGUUCCACGGCAUGCUCUUGGAGACGGGUUUGGCCGCCGCCAACACACUAGUCCCCUCCCUCAGCCAGGACUCCUACACGUUCGUCUCGUCUAAGUCUGAAACACCACAUAGAAUAGACGACAUUGCGGUUGAGCAGAGCAUGAUUCCCGCAUUGGACCAACACCAAGUUCGGUAUGACAUAGAUUCCUGCUGCACUGGCAAGGAACCUUGUCCUGUCUUCAUGCGCUUCGAGUCCCAGGGCUCCACCAAGGCAGCGCAAGGGCAGAGCGGCUACGACGUUUUGGGCACCCAGGACCCUGAUAAGGCAGCAGUCUCCAGGAUGCACUCGGCAGCUUUCCCCACGGUGCCCCACCAGGUCGACAUGAAUCAGCACUUGCACGACAUUAUUCAAUGCAUGUACGUGGGUGCCCAAACCUGCUUCCCUAAACCCGCGCGUACCCCGAUCAAGCCGCAUGCAUCGGAGGAUCUUCUUGGAGUAAUUACCUUCAGAAGGCAAGUGCGACAGGCAUGGCGUCUCUGGGGCAAGCAUGACUCUGGUGGUGUCAGGUGGCUGGUCGCCGCGUCGCUUGAGGCGGGGGCCCCCCGGAACAUCGCCGAUCUAGAGCUGGACUUCUUGGUUUCGGAGCUUUGUCAGGCUUUCGCCGAUUGGGAGACUCAGAUGUUGACGGCAAGCGAGCUAGCUGCGCACAUGCUUGAGUUUCUGGUCAAGUCGAAGCCGGCCUUGAGAAGGGCCUUGCAGCACUCCCGCAACAUGCUGUUAGACGACCUCGCGCAGCAGUUGAGCAGCGCCAGGCUCAAGCACGACAUCAUGAAGGCAGCCAAGAGAAGAGGAGCUGGACCUGACGGACUCAGCAACGAUCUUUUCCAGGUCGCUCCACAAGAAUUCACGCAGAUCUUGUUGCCGUUGUUCGUGAAGAUAGACAUGGCGUCCAGGGAGCCCCUGCUGUUCAAAU